AUGUAUCGAUAUAGGAUAGCUUGGCUAGCAUUUACCACUGAGUGGCUAGCCUCACAAGUCUACGGACAGGCUGUAUGGCAGGCGAAUCAGGUAAAUUCGACUAUGUGUUGGUGGGAGAAUCUUCGAGUUGCUGUACUCCGAGAUACUGUCUAUCUAGAUGGCGGUAGCUUAGGAUGGGCACCGGGCCUGGCUGACGGGUCAUAUGGGAGCCCCGUAGACGAUGACAAUCCUCUUGGUUUAAUUUACACAUACAAUUUUAGCAUACCCUUCAAUGCAAGCACGAAUGUCAGUACUAUAUUUAACACGAUAUCGAAGGGACUGAAUGGUGGUGCUGCAAAUAACAUCGCUCCAAACUACUUUGAUGGGGCAUUGCUCGCUAACGACGACGAAUUCUUUCUGUACGGCGGCUUGGUGAUCCAGAAUGGACCAUACUCUGCAUUGGCUGCACCAGAUGCCGACGCAGUGCUCGCAUAUAUUGCGUCACAGUAUGGGACAAGUACGAGCUCGUUUCGUCCAGGUUUCUUCAACUACAAGCUGCCUGAUGGACUGACUCGGUAUGUUACUUACGGAGGCACCGCGAACGCUCCAUCUGAGAAAAAGGCGUGGUAUUUUGGUGGCUAUCGCUCGGCCUCCUGGGGUCCGAUAUACCAGCCGGGUGCCAACACUUCCACUGAUCCAUCAACCGUGUCCGACACUCUGAUCACGCUAGAUAUGGCGACCCAGAACCAAGAAGUCUGGGAAAACGUUACCCUUCCGAGAGGCAUCCCAAGCCGUGCGAACCCGUCCAUGGUUUGGGUUCCUGUUGGCGAGCAAGGCAUUCUAGUAGUGUUAGGCGGCGUCACCUAUCCUGAAUAUGACAACUCCAACAGGACUUCCCUAAACCCGGCCCAAAGUGAGAGAGAUAGCCCAGGCUUCAUGCAGAACAUUGACAUCUACGACGUAGCAAGCAGUACAUGGUACCAGCAACCAACCGUUGGCGGCCCCCCUGCGCUUGCGAUGGGAUGUGCGGUAGUUGCCACAGCCUCAGACCAGUCCAGCUACAACAUCUACUUCUACGGAGGCUACGACGGUAUCCACCAAUAUUCGGACUACAACGACGACGUGUGGAUCCUGUCGCUGCCGUCGUUCAUGUGGAUGAAGGUUACCUCGGGCACCGCGCAGCACGGCCGGGCUGGCCACCACUGCGUCAUGCCGUAUCCGGACCAGAUGCUAACCAUUGGGGGCCGCACAAACCCGUCCAGUGGUGCGACCGAGCCCCCCUGCCUCGAGGGUGACCCUCCCGGGAUCCUCCAGGUUUACAACCUCACCGCCGCCCAGUGGAUGGACUCGUACAACCCCGAGAACUGGGAUCAGUACGGAGUGCCCGAGAUGAUCCACGUCAUGAUCGGGGGUGAUUACUCUGGCGGCGCAACCAUGACCGCCCCCAAUCCCUCGGGCUGGGUUACGUCUGAUCUAGCCAGUGUAUUCGCGACUCCGUACCCCACGAGCAAGUUGACCUCCUACUACCCCUAUAGUUCUGUCGGGCCAGGCGGCUCCACUCGAGGCGACACCCAAGUCAGCGCCAAGGGCACGCCUUCCUGGAUCGGACCCGUGCUGGGUGUAGUUCUCGGGCUCGUAUUCAUCACAGCCAUAGUCGUCGGCGUCCUCUUGUACAGGAGGCGAAAGUUGCUGAAGAAGAACACCCAGGCCGACCCUUCCGGAAACGAAAAUGGCAGCAGGAUCCUGUCCUGGAUGCGCGAGACAAACGACGGCAAGGCCCCGACCGUUACCACGGACGACACUCGCACGCAGUUCGACGAGAUGGAGAGCCGGGGCGUCACGCCGAUGCGCUCGCCCGGGCAUCCCGAAAUGGCCAUGGUUCCUCUGACCGAGAUGCCAGACACGCAGCUAGUAGAGCUAUGGGACACCUCACCCAAAGUCGAGCUCGGCGACACCAACGUCAGCCGGCCCUUCACCUCGCACCCGCAAACGCCGCGAUCCAUCUCGACGCCCAUCGCCAGCACGCAGGCGUACUUCCCCAUCGUAGGCAGCUCAUCGCAAGACCACGCCUUCUCCCACGCCCCCGCCGCUGCAUCCUCAUCCUCAUCCUCGUCUUCAAAUACCGCCCAACAGCAACCCCCCAUCAUAUCCCACGCGGAGCGCCCGGACUCCCCACCCCUCGGCACUAACGCCGCCAACACCGCGCACUCGAGCAUCAACUCACGGAUGAACACCCCGGUCCCCUCCAACCCCACUCACAACCCCAGCACAAGCGCGAAUGCGCACGGGGGCAUCGUAAGCGGGAUAAGCGGGAUAAGCGACCGGGACAGAGCGCACCUGCGGCAGAUUAGCGACGCGACGGUGAGCUCCGAGGCCGAGAGCCAGACGACGGUCGGGGUGGCGCGGUCGUUCACGCCUCCUCCGCCCGCGUCACAGUCACAAGCAGCAACGACAACGGGGUCGCAUUAUAUCGUGCACCCACAAGAUGAGUCGGGACAGCGAGGGACGGGCGUGAAUAGCCCGCUAAGGCGGAGCGUGUUUCGGGAGAAUGAGGGUGAUAUGGGGGGUGAGGAACAGCAGUGAGGGUGAGGUGAAAGAAUGACAUAGAGACAGAAUGAAAAAGGGGAAGAGGGGAAAGGGGGGGCGGAGGUUAAUGAUUUCGAAAUACUGGGUACUUGCGAAUUGAUACCAUGGACAUGGAGUUUAUUACAACGGCACGGAACAGCACAGAACAGAGCAAGACAAGGAGAGCUGAAGAUGAAUAGGAGAUAUGGGGUGUGGAAUAACUAAGGGGCAAAGCUUUUUUCGUAAAUACAAAUCAUCAUACUCGGACGAUGCCGGGUCGCACCUAUAAAGGGGCAGAUAUGAAUGGCUGGAUAAGAAACAGCAAGGCUGGAAAUCAUGGGACGACGAGAUGACGUAUAAGCAAAAACCGGUCAAUAGAUGGAUCAAUCGUUCAAACAUGAAUAUCUACUCUUUAAUAAAAACAAUCCACUUACGGGCAUAUCCAUAUGUUCAUAUGUUUCAUGGGAGCUUUGUGUACUAGCCAUGACAAUUAGUACGCAAAGUAACAAUAGAGGUUUUCUGGGAAAGACGAAUAACUCCUAACGGUGCUGAUAUGUUAUCAUUGCUGGAAAGCUAUAAGCUCGAUCAUACAAGUGUGAUCUAGAUCUAGGAGUAGACAUUUAUUCCAAUGAGAAGGAUAUGCCAGCAACAGCUCUGACUUAUUUCAUACCCCUGACUCGC